CUGGUGUCACCAUGGGUCGCCGCCCCGCGCGAUGUUACCGGUAUUGUAAGAACAAGCCCUACCCCAAGUCCCGCUUCUGCCGAGGGGUCCCUGAUGCCAAGAUCCGCAUCUUUGACCUGGGACGGAAGAAGGCGAAAGUGGACGAGUUUCCACUCUGUGGCCACAUGGUCUCCGAUGAGUACGAGCAGCUCUCCUCAGAAGCUCUGGAGGCUGCCCGUAUUUGUGCCAAUAAGUACAUGGUGAAAAGUUGUGGCAAAGAUGGCUUCCACAUUCGAGUGCGGCUCCAUCCCUUCCACGUCAUCCGCAUCAACAAGAUGUUGUCCUGUGCUGGAGCUGACAGGCUCCAGACAGGUAUGCGAGGUGCCUUUGGAAAACCCCAGGGUACGGUGGCCAGGGUCCACAUUGGCCAAGUCAUCAUGUCCAUCCGUACCAAGCUUCAAAACAAGGAGCAUGUGAUUGAGGCCCUGCGCAGGGCCAAGUUCAAGUUCCCUGGGCGUCAGAAGAUCCACAUCUCUAAGAAGUGGGGCUUCACCAAGUUUAAUGCUGAUGAGUUUGAAGACAUGGUGGCUGAGAAGCGCCUCAUCCCAGAUGGUUGUGGAGUCAAGUAUAUCCCCAAUCGUGGCCCCUUGGACAAGUGGCGGGCCCUGCAUUCAUGAAGG